CAGAGCAAUGGGGCAGAUCCAACCUGUGCCACUCCUCAUCUGGCUGAGAUUUUUUUUAAAUUUUGGGGUGUAUUUCCCACUGUUCUGGGACACAGCUCCUCUGCACCCUGCUGGGGAUGUGCCACAAACAUGGAAUAUCCCGGGAGCCCCUGGGAGAGAGGGACACCAGGGAGCCGGUCACGAACCGCCCUGCCCGGUUCCACAGAGGGAUUGGCACAUCCCUGCCCGGUUCACACUUCAGGGCUUUUUAGGGCUUCUCCUUUCCCCACAGCAGCCCCAUCAGCACUUUUCCAGCCCUGAUUCAGCUCAGGGAUGUUGCAACACCGAGUUGUGCAAAGCUGGCAGUGUCUCUGAUUCCUCUUUUUCGGCUCUCACGGGAGCUCGUCCGCGUGGGACAGGGUCACUGUCCCCACCUGACGGGACACGGUGGCCUUGAGCUCCCUCCCACCUGCCAUCACUCCCUGCUGGUGUCACCCCCUGUCCCCUGGUCACACUUGGGGUGGUUUUCCAGCUCUGACAGAACUGGGAUUUGUCCCUUGUGCGUGGCUGAGGCCGAGAGCUGGAAAACUCACGGAUCUUGAUGACAGAGAGCAGGUGGGGGCUCUGGUGGAAGCUGGUGCUGUCACAGUGUGGUGCAGCUUUGCUCCAGGUGUUUUACAUCUCCCUCUGGAUGAACUGUCCUGGCUCAGGGCAGGGAUUUGUGUCCAGGGGUUUGUGUCCAUCCAGGUUGAGCUCGUGUCGGAUCACUGGGGAUGCCACUGGCAAUUUCCAGCUGCUGACAGGCACAGGGUGGAGGUCAGGAUGGCCCUUGGCUGGUGACCCUCUCUUUGGGGUCCCAGUACAAACCAGGACAGACUGAUCUCACUGGGAAUGGGCAGGAUCUGGUGAGCAGCUUCUCUUCCUCCCUGCACCCCAGGAAUGGUUUUGGGUUACCCCUCUCCUGUGUGUGAGGCCAGGAGCAUCCCAGGAGCAGGGCAUGGAUUUGGGGCACCUGGGGAACAGGGAUGGAGGGUGGAGCAGCCUGAGGGGACCCAAACCCUUCCCAAAGGCUCCCAGGACAUUCCCAAACUGUGGGCAGCACCAGAGCUGUAGUGGACGGGGCAUGUCACCACUGCCACAUCCCCUUCUGCAGAUUCAACAUCCUCCCCCAGAGCUUCCCCCUUCCCCUUCCAGCUCUGCUGAGGCCAGCAGCUGGUUUAUUCCACGGGCUGCAUUUAUUUUCCUCAUCCUCCCAUCCCAUGUGUGUCUCCCUGGGAUGAGAAACCUCGGCAAUAUCCUUGUCAGCUCCAGCUGGAUGCCAAAGCCACAAGCCCAGGGUCAUUCCCAUGCCAGCCCCAGAGAUGUCUAAUCCAGCUUCUAAAUGCUGAAAAUUCCUUGGGGGUUUAUCCAGCUCAGCUCGUGCCCUAGGCCGGUGUGGAGGGAGCUGCCGCUGUGCCCUGGGACACUGAACUGUCACCUGUCCCCCAUCCCGACAGAGAGGAGAGAGCAGGGAAAAUCCCCUGGCUGCAGAUCCCAAAUCCCUGCGGUCACAGGGAUUGCUCACGGGGACAAUGGCGCUUCCCAACGUCUCAGAUUACCCGGAUGCCUUCAUCAACUACAGCGACUACUCGGACUACACCUACGAUGACACGGGCAGCGUGUGGGCAGACCCGACCCACGACCCCAAGGACAUCACCAGGAUCCUGUCUGUCAUCAUCUACAGCGUGUCCUGCGUGCUGGGCAUCCUGGGCAACGGCCUCGUUAUCGCCAUCAUCACCCUCAAGAUGAAGAAAUCGGUCAACGCCGUCUGGUUCCUCAACCUGGCCGUGGCCGACUUCCUCUUCAACAUCUUCCUGCCCAUCAACAUCGCCUACACGGCCAUGAGCUACCACUGGAUCUUUGGGACCGUCAUGUGCAAGCUCAACUCCUUCCUCCUCAUCCUCAACAUGUACACCAGCGUCCUGCUGCUCACCACCAUCAGCUUCGACCGCUACGUGUCCGUGGUGUUCCCGGUGUGGUCGCAGAAUCACCGCUCCACCAACCUGGCCUACGGGGUGUGUGUGGUCAUCUGGACCGUGGGCAUCGUCAUGAGCUGCCCCUCGCUCAUCUUCCGCGACACGGCGCAGACCCGCGGCUCCGUCAUCUGCUUCAGCAACUUCUCCCUGUCCAGGAAUAAAUCCUACGAAGGGCUGGCUCUGGCGAGGCACCGCACGGUGAACAUCACGCGGUUCCUGGCUGGGUACAUCCUCCCCAUCACCAUCAUCACCUUCUGCUACGUCGCCAUCGUCUUCAACCUGCGCCGGAACCGCCUGGCCAAGUCCAAGAAGCCCUUCAAGAUCAUUGUCACCAUCAUUGUCACCUUCUUCCUCUGCUGGAGUCCAUACCACCUGCUGAACCUGCUGGAGACGGUGCCCAGCGCUGUGCCCUGGUCGGUGUUUGAGAUCUUCAUCCCGCUCACCACGGCUCUGGCAGCCUCCAACAGCUGCAUGAACCCCGUCCUCUACGUCUUCAUGGGCCAGGACUUCAAGAAGUUCAAGGUGACUCUCCUUUCCAGGCUGGUGAAUGCCCUCAGUGAGGAGACAGGGCACUCCAGCAUCGUGCACAGGAGCUUCUCCAAGAUCUCCUCCAUGACUGAGAAAGAGACAACAGUUGUCUAAACUCGGCCUGCAGGAGGGACAGAGUGCCCUGGUGUUGGCACUGUGACAGUGACCACCCCUGUGGUGGCCCUGGUGUGGGUCAAGCAUUGUCCAGCAGUGUCCUACAGCCCAUUUUUGACUGCUGUGGCUACCUGGGGCUGCUGGAGGAUGGAGACCCCCAAGGUGUGGAGAAGACAUAACCACCCUUGAUUUAUGUGGGGUUGCAGAAAUCCUCGUGCCAAACUAAGGAAACAUUUUGGGGUGUUCCCAUCCAACCUCUGCAUUGCCUGACCCAGGAAAGGCUUUCCUGCUGUUUCCAGAAGCACCCUGGUGGGGUGCAGGGUAUCAGGAAGGCAUCUCCCAUGCCAUGGGUGAUCCCUGCCAUGGCCAAGUUGGGGACAAUCCUCUGUCCCAUGUCUGUGUGUGGCUCCUCAUGGUGAAUUCCUGAGGUAUUUUGGUACCAGAACAUGGUGGCUGUGACUUUUUUGGGAAGUGUCCUUAUGAGGGGUUGGAAUAUCCCACCUCAGAGAACUGGGAAGUCUCAAAUCUCUUCUAAGUGAUCCAGACCCAGGGCCACCUUCCAGUGUGGGGACUGGGCUCAUCACAGGGCCACCAGCAUGGACAACUGGGAGAAGAAAGAGGGAAAGGUCAAUUUGAAAUGUCUUUUCAAGCCUCCCGUUGGUGGGCACGUUCCACACGGUACAUCCUGCAGAGAAGUGGAUAUUUGGGACCAGGAACAGGCCCAUGAGCUCCUGGGGAGGACCUGCUGUCUCCUCCUGCAUCCAGGGGGGCCUGGCUCUUUUGCCAGCUGCUCCCUGGUGGGACCAGUCAGUUCCAUGGGAUGAUUUUGUCUCUCCCACCUUGGGAGACUUGGGGAAUCUCAUGGGGGACUGCACUCCUGAUCUCUGCAGGGAAGGAUGGGCUGAGCCACCACCUUCAUCCAAUUUCACACCCAGUCACUUUUGGAGCUCCUUCACCAUGACCCCAGUGUCACCCUCAUUUCUGUGUCACUCCCAGGACAGUGAGGAAUCCCUGGAGCUGGGUUUGGGCAGCUCCCAGAGGCCCUGGGGACAUUUCAGGAUGUCCCUUGGGGAGCUUUGUGCAGAGUUUUGACACGUUGGCAGUUGAGAGUCUGCUCCCAGGUGCCCACAAAAGCUGAGAUAUUAUUUAUAGCUUUCCUUGGAAACCAGAAAUGGGAAAUAAAACGGAGAGGCAGCUCCCAGGAAAAGGCAGGAGCUACUUCCAGGCACAGGUACAAGUAAAGCCCCAGUAACUGAGCAGCUGGAACAUCAGGAUCAGAGCAGAUGCUGCAGUGGAAGCUGGAUUUUGGGAUUUCAGGAUUUCAGAUGGAUUAUCUCCACCCCAGCGCUGCCUCACUGCUCCACCUUGAUCUGCUUCACCUCCUUUUUGUGAUGGGACACUCGGCACCUGGAUUGUCCCUGUAUCUCCUUAGGGAGCACUGCCACAUCCCUGCACCACCCCCUGUCCCAUGGGCUCCUCCCAGCCCUGACCCACAGGGAUUUUUCCCCAAAACCCACUCUGGAUCUGUACCCAUGGAAGCUGCAGUGGCUGAGGAGGCUGCAGGGCCUCUCUGCUGGUGGGAGGAGGCUCCUCUUGCUCAUUUUCCCCAGUAUUUAAUUAAUACUGCUGGAAGGUUGCCGGGAUCCUGUUAGGAGUGGGAUGGGACAGAUGGACAGACAAGGACACACAGAACUUGCAGAAGAUCUGUGCAGGGAGCAGUGGGAAUGGGAUGCACCCUGAGCCAGCAGCCUCUGGGGCUGUUUGGGCUCAGGGUUUGGGGGAGCCCUGGAUGUGGGAACAGCUGAUGAAGCCUCAAGGACUGGAUGCCAUCCCAUUACCCCUCAGGUUGGUGCUGGGAUGUUCCUGAUGGAUUCAGGAUGCUCCUCACCAAUUCUGGUGUCUGUUUUUUCCAAACCCAUCUGUUAUUACUCCAAACAGCUUUCCAAAACAAACCCACCAGUGCCUUGGUACUCACCCUGGGGUUAAAUCAUCACUGUAAUGGCAGCUUGGGAAUCCCAAGUUUCCCAAAUAUUUGAGGCCAUCGUUGUAGCUGUUUGCUUAUUUAAUAAAACCUGUUUUCCAGACAAAUA